AGGUGCCUAAAUUGCCAAAGGUUGCUGCAUGAAAAUGCCGAUUUCCAAUGGUCUUCGUCGCUUCUUUUCACAGAUGCGUCGUUUCUUCCGUCGCCGCCGAGUUUCUCAUGCCUCCCCGAUCAUUAACCAUAUGGGUCAUGGGGAAAUUCCGCCAGCCGGGACCACCUACCGGAGUCAUCGCCAUGCUGAUUACGAGGAGCUCUCCGAACUCUCGGAGCACGACGUGUAUCUGGACGAUAGUGAUAUUUACGCAGAGAGCCUUACGGAGGAUGUUAUCAUCUACCAGCCAGAAGAUGUUUUCUUUCGUCGCCCGAAAAUCGAGCUGGUUGUCGGCCAUACGAUCAUUCCAUUCGGCGCCGGUAUCAACUACAAUAGUUGGACAAACAGUGACAUCCUUCGCUGGCUCUGGAGCUUCUACCCGAAUGAGCAGAUCAUGGAUGUGAUCUACAAUACAAAUGUCACCGGCGAGCACCUCUGGCUCUGUUUCCUGAACUCUGAAACAAGCUCCAACUUCUGCCAUAAUAAUGGAAUCAGUGACGGCGCCGCGCUUCGGGUGAAGAUGGUUCUCGGAAGAGUUCAUAACUUGUUUUAUGAGCAUUAUUGAAUAAUUUAUCGGAAAAUUUGAAUAUGUGCUUCUCCUCUGUCCACCGGUUUUUUACCCUCGUUUUCUGUUUUCGAUAUUUCAAUUUUAUCCUCAUUUUACCAUUAAGCAUUUUAAUACUGUAAGGUCUAGAAAACUCAAUAGUUCUUUCAGUCCUGAAGCACCAAAAACGGAACACUAGUAGCAGGCACAUGCUGACCUACCUUCACUGCCUAUAAAUUUUUUUCAGACAAA